AUGGGGAAGCCCUCGUUGCCGACCAUACUGGCCAUUUGUGCCCUUGCAGCCAACUAUGGCUCUCGCUCUGUGCUGCCGGUGGUGUCCCACGUGAUUUGCAGUGACUCGCACUGUUCCGCCUCGGAGCUUGUCGGGGCUUCUGCCAGUGCAUUCUUUGCCGGGGACCUGGUGGCGCAGCUGGCAGCCAAGCCCCUCGUCCAGCGCUACAGUGGGCAACAGCUGCUGAGUUUGGGCACAGCUGCCUGGGCUGCAGUGCUGCUACUGGUUCCACUCGCUGUGCAGGGGCCGAUGCUUGGGCUUCUGCUGCUGAAGUUGCCGUUCGGAUUCUGCUGCGGUCUCGGCUACCCGGCCGCGCACGCACUCCUGGCGGAGGCCGUGCCAGCCGCAGAGAAGGGCUUGGCGGUGAGCUUGAUCGUCAGUGCAUCAGCCAUGGGAGCGAUGAUUAGCAACUUCAUCACUCCUCAGCUUGUCGAUUUCUGCGGGUGGCCAACUCCGUUCGUGCUGUUUGCAGUCCUUGGCGGCGCCACUGCUGUUGCCAUCCGUAUGCUUCCGAGCUCUCGGCCCAAAGCGAAGGCGCUCGUGGCUGAAACCGCGGACUGGGAGGAGCUGCUUGUCUGGUCCAAGGAGCCCCUAAUCCUCGCGAUUUAUUUCGCCAUGUACGCUUCCGGUGUGGCCAAUGCCUUCCUCUACAGCUUCGUGCCCAGCCUCUUCGUGGAAGCCUAUGGGGCGCAGGUGUCCGAUCUUGCGUGGCUUACAGCCGCCGCGCCGCUCUGCAACUCGGUGUGCUGCGUUCUCAGUGGCAUCCUGGCCGAUCGGCUGGCCAAAUCCUGGCCAACACACCGCUGCCGGAUGCUCAUGCAGCUCUUGGGCACUGCGCUGCCUGCUCUGUGCCUGGUGACCAUCUGCAGUUCGGAGAGCCGUUUCAGCGUCUCCAUCCUGCUGACUCUCUGGAUGGGCACCCACGGCUUCCAAACUUCCGGGCUCACGGCGUUGUUUCACGACGUCGCCCAUACCAGGGCCAGCGAGCUCUUCGCGAUAGGAAACGUCUUCAGCAAGUUUGCCGGCAUCCUUGCAGGUCCCAUGUUCAGCAGAAACGCGGCCCUGUGGGGCUGGAAGUGCGUUCUCUGCGGCUUGUCCGUCCACUAUGCGAUGUCUGGCAUCGUCCUUAUCAGCCUUAUGCACAGAAGCAAGGAAGCGGGCAAGCUUUUCUCUACAGAAGAGAAGCUGCACACCAAGCCCGUGGCCUUGAAGAUGGAGCAGACCAGUACAGGGCGAAAGACAGCUGGAGGCCAGGAAGAGCCGACGGUCUCACUUUCGCCAGAUUCAGGUCCUUGCUCAGAGCUUCCACACAAGGUUCCGUCGUACCCUCCCGACCAAGUGCCCCAGAUGACGCAGCGGCGUGGCCGCGCCCUGGGGUGA